UUUUUUUUCUCUGAUAAACAAAACGCUCCCAAAACAUUCCGGUUCGGUUCGGUUCACGACCGUCGUUUUUUGUAUAUUCCGAGGCCGCGACGACCCCUUUUCGAAAUGGGUCUCCUCACGAACCCAUCGAUCUCGCAAAAGGCCAAAUACUGCCGUGCGCUAAUCCGCCACCGGACGCUGAUCUGUUUCACGCUGUACGCCCUCGGCGUCGGUUACUUCCUGGUCCUGCCGGAUCCGAACUUUAACUCGGGCACUUACUUCUCGGAGAAUGCACUGCUGCCGGGGUUGGUCUACUCGGAGCUGAAGAGUGAAACGGUGGCGCUGGCGAAGAACUUUGCCGGCGAGCUGGAACGGGAGCGGGUUGUCCACCGGAAGGGCAUGCCGUACGCGUGGUUGCUGGCCAAGAUGCGGAAGAUCGGGCUGGACACGCACACGCACAACUUUACGUUGAAUUACCCGCUGGGUGGGGGGAAGGUGUUUACGGGGAAGAAUGUUUAUGGGAUUUUGCGGGCGCCGCGGAUUGGGUCGACGGAAUCGGUGGUGCUGGCGGUUCCGUAUAGGCCGCCGGAGUCGGUCCACACGGAUGUUUCGGCGGGGGUUCCGCUGCUGUUGGCGUUUGCGGACUUUGCGCGUAGGCAGAAGUACUGGGCGAAGGAUAUUAUCUUUUUGAUUACGGAACAGGAGCAGCUCGGGAUGCAGGCUUGGCUGGAGGCGUAUCACGGUUCCGGGGACAAUCGGGUGCUGGAUGUGGGGUCGUUGAAUGCGAGGGCGGGGGCGAUCCAGGCGGCGAUUAAUCUGGAGGUGCAGGACUUUGACGUGGAUCAUAUAAAUCUGAAGGUUGAGGGGUUGAACGGACAGUUGCCGAAUCUGGAUCUGCACAAUUUGGCGCAGAAGCUGUCGCAGAAGAGUGGCAUUCCGGCGGCGUAUCGGUUGUCGGCGACGAAGCAGCGAAAGCCGGUUACUUACCAGGAGAAGUUGGAGAACCUGCUCGCGAUGGUCUUGUCCCAGUCGACGGGAGUUCCCAACGGGAAUCACGGUCUGUUCCAUCGGUACGGAAUUGAGGCGCUUACGUUGGAGUGUGUGAAGCGAGCAAACCCUAACAAGAACACGGCUGGAGUCGGUGCUCUGCUCAAGAUCGUCGAAGGCAUCAGUCGAAGCUUGAACAAUCUGCUGGAGCGAUUCCACCAGAGUUACUUCUUCUACUUGCUCGUAACACACGACCGGUUCGUCUCCAUCGGAGAUUACAUGCCCAGUUUGGGACUCAUGGCCGGCGCUCUCCUGAUCAAGUCCUUCAUCCACUACCUCUCCAUGUAUUACUCGGACGACGAUGAAGAACCAUCCCCGAAAGCACCCCAACCUUCUUACCUCCAAGUCGGCUUCCUGCUGCUUCUAACUCACUCGAUCGGCGCCCUCACCACCGUCCUGCCAUCCCACGCCGGCCUCAACAACUACCUGCACGCAGCAAACCUCUCCACCCAGUUCGGCCUCACCACCAUCAUGAUCUCCGUGUCCGUCCUCGUCCUCAUCCUGCCAGCGUUCGUAUCGCUGGACUCCCUCAACUCGGAAAUCCUCCAAAUCGCGAUCCUCCUCGAGCUUGGAACCGCCCUCCUCACCGUGGGGAUGCUCAACUUCUCGCUCGGCUUCAUCCUGUCCGUGGCGAUCGUCCCCGUUGUGCUGUUUCUACAACCCCGCAAGUCCACCAGCGGCAGAGGACUCAGUCGGAUCGCCUGUUUGCUGUUACAUCCGCUGGUCGGUGUCUAUCUGGUCCUGUUCGCCACCACCUGCUACCUCUUCCCGGAGCUGACGCUGCAGGCGAUGGCCAAAAAGGCCGUGACAGCUACGAUGGACGCGAUUACCUACUCGGUGGUGGAUUCGAUGAUUUACGGCAACUGGCUGUUCAACCUGGUGGCCCUGAUCUUCCUGCCCACGUGGACGCUGCUCUGGUCAUUGAUGUUUGCGCGCAAGACGAAGGUGGUGGCCGCCGCCAAGGACACCAAGCUGGAAUAGAAACCAAAAAAUAAACGAAUUUUGCAUUUUGACGCGAGG